UGUUUUGCUCCAAGAUGGCUGCGGGGAUGUAUUUGGAACAUUAUCUGGACAGUAUUGAAAAUCUCCCCUUUGAAUUACAGAGAAACUUUCAACUCAUGAGGGACCUGGACCAAAGAACAGAGGACCUGAAGGCUGAAAUUGACAAGUUGGCCACUGAGUAUAUGAGCAGCGCCCGCAACCUCAGCUCUGAGGAAAAACUGGCCCUGCUCAAGCAGAUCCAGGAAGCCUAUGGCAAGUGCAAGGAGUUUGGGGACGACAAGGUGCAGCUCGCCAUGCAGACCUAUGAGAUGGUGGACAAGCACAUUCGGCGACUGGACACAGACCUGGCCCGUUUUGAGGCUGAUCUGAAGGAGAAGCAGAUUGAGUCAAGUGACUAUGACAGCUCUUCCAGCAAAGGCCGGACCCAAAAGGAGAAGAAAGCUGCUCGUGCUCGUUCCAAAGGGAAAAACUCCGAUGAAGAAGCCCCCAAGGCUGCCCAGAAGAAGUUAAAGCUUGUGCGCACGUCUCCUAUGGAGAGAUGAUUGGCUGUGACAACCCCGAUGUGAGAACCCUUUUGCCUCGGGAUGGGGCU